UUUCCCAACUCUUUUCUUUUCGUACAACCCUAGUCUCGCGUCAAGUUAGUUAUCUUGGCACCCGCCCGACUCGUUUACGCAUAACUCGGAAACGCUAAGUAGUCUCGAACCCUGAGCAAACCCCUCUUUGGGAUUCUCAGAUCUUUUCUUUCCCCAGCGAGCGAGCAUGGCUGCCUUGGAGCUGUCCGCCGUGUCGUCGCGUCUAACCGCCGUGGACGCUACCGGCAUCGUUCAGAAGACCACUACCCUCAACGCCAAACCCGCAUUCUUCGGGACUUCCGUUCGCCACACCGCUAACGCGCCAUGCCAGCGCCGCUCGCGAGCCGCGCGUGCCGAGGCUCCCUCCGAGGGCGCGAAGGCGGGCGUGGCGAGCCGGCCGGCCGUGUCGCAGGACGCAGACUUGGCGCUGCAGAGCCAGCGCGUGAGCAGCGGCAAGUCGCUCGUGGCGCCCACGCCCAAGGGGUUCGUGUCGCGGUACGGCGACAACGAGCCGCGCAAGGGCUGCGACAUUCUCGUCGAGGCGCUCGAGCGCGAGGGCGUCCGCACGCUCUUCGCGUACCCUGGCGGCGCGUCGCUGGAGAUUCACCAGGCGCUGACCCGGUCCGACAACAUCCGCACGAUCCUGUGCCGCCACGAGCAGGGCGAGGUGUUCGCCGCCGAGGGCUACGCCAAGGUGUCGGGGCGCGUGGGCGUGUGCAUCGCGACGUCGGGGCCCGGCGCGACGAAUCUGGUCACAGGGCUGGCGGACGCCAUGCUGGACUCGGUGCCGCUGGUGGCCAUCACGGGGCAGGUGCCGCGGCCGUUCAUCGGCACGGACGCGUUCCAGGAGACGCCGAUCGUGGAGGUGACGCGCUCCAUCACGAAGCACAACUACCUCGUCAUGGACGUCGACGACAUCCCGCGCAUCGUGCGUGAGGCGUUCUUCCUGGCGGCGUCCGGCCGGCCCGGGCCGGUGCUGAUCGACGUGCCCAAGGACAUCCAGCAGCAGCUCGCGGUGCCCUCCUGGACCCAGCCCAUGCGCCUCAACGCCUACCUCUCGCGCCUCCCGCCGCCGCCGCAGCGCGCGCAGGUCGACCAGAUCGUCCGCCUACUGCGCUCCGCCAAGCGCCCCGUGGUGUACCUAGGCGGCGGCUGCCUGCACGCGGCGGACGAGGUGCGCGAGUUCGCGCGGCUGGCGGGCGUGCCGGUGGUGUCGACGCUGAUGGGGCUGGGCGUGUACGACCAGUCGGCGCCCGACGCGCUGCACAUGCUCGGCAUGCACGGCACCGUGUACGCCAACUACGCCGUCGACUCCUCCGACCUGCUGCUGGCGUUCGGCGUGCGAUUCGAUGAUCGCGUCACCGGCAAGCUCGACGCAUUCGCGGCGCGCGCGUCGAUAGUGCACAUCGACAUCGACCCGGCGGAGAUUGGGAAGAACAAGGAGGCGCACGUGAGCAUGCACGCGGACGUGCUGCCGGCGCUGGCGCUGAUCAACGACGCCAUCAAGGAGGAGGCGGCGGCGGGCCGCCCGCUGCCGUCGUACGCCGAGUGGCGCGACGAGUGCAUGGCGCAGAAGGCGCAGUGGCC